GGCGGAGCGCCGGGGCUGGCUCCGCCCCUUGGGGGGCGUGGCAGCGGGGACUGCCCCGCAUACGUCACCGCCCGAAGCGGGCGGGGCGCGGGAGAAGCGGAAGGGGCGCCGCUGCGGCACGGCGGGGAGCGGAGGCGGCAGCGGCAGGAUGUGCUCCGGCGCGGCGCUGCGGCAGGAGUACCGGCGCUGCCUGGAGCGGGACUGCCGGAGGGGCCGCGCCGGCGCCUGCUCCGACGCCGCCUUCGCGGAGACGCUCCGCCAGCGCCUGCGGGACGACCCGGCGCUGCUCCGGGCCCUGCAGGACGACGCCGGGACCCUCCUGGCCGCCGGCCUGCGGGGCCGCCGCGACCUGGGGCAGGCGCUGCGGGGCCUGGCCGCCGCCUUCGAGCUGCUGGAGCUGGCUGCCGUCAACCUCUACCUCUUCCCCUGGCGCCGGGAGUUCGGCACCGUCAAGACCUUCUCGGGGGCCUACGUGCACCGGCUGCGGACGGCGCUGCCCGAGGCCGAGCUCGCGCGGAGCUUCGGCCGCCUGGGCUACGCGCGGCGGGACGACCACCACCUCGCCGUCUCCCGGCCGCCCCCGGGGCCCGAGCUCGUCGCCGCCGCCUGCGGCUUCUUCGCCUGCCGGCUGGAGUGCGAGAUCCUGGCGGAAGCGAUGCUGCGGCUGCGGCCGCGCCGGGUGCGCGCCCAGGAGCUGCUCGAGGCGCGGCGGCUCGCCGGCGGCGUGGAGGCCUGCGUGGAGAUGCUGUGGCGCGACGCCGGCGGCGGCGACUCCGUGGACCUGUACCGGGAGCCGCCGGCGGGCCCCGAGGACGCCGGCCCCGCGGGAGGCCGGCAGGACGCAGCCCCCUCGCCGCUGCCUGGAUCCGGCCCACGGGAGCGGAGCGCCAGGCUGUGGAGGGACCCGGCUGGGCCGCGGGGCGCUCAGGACGCGCCCAGGAGGUGCUGGGACCUCACGGGACGCAGUGAGCUGGGGCAGGAGCUGCUCCCCGCCGAGGGCACCGGCGAGCCGGACGCCUCCGCUCUGCUCUUCCCGGAGCAGGAGCUCGGUGCAGCCAGCAGCGCCCGCGAUGCCGUGAGUGCAGGCUCCCAGGCGAGCGCCCGCUGCUCCCCCCCUGCGCCCGCCCUGAGCCGGGCAGCAAACUGCCCCGCGCUGGGCCCGGGCGGCAGGGCCGUGCCGGGGGAGCCCCAGCAGCCCCCGGGGAGCGGCAGGCCCGGGGAUUUGCCCCCCGCCGCCCCGUGGCCCGCCGGCGGGGAGGCCCCGGAGCUGCCCUGCUACCAGCUGCACUCGUGCCUGCGCCGCGGCGCGCUGCCCUCCUACUGCUGCGCUACCUGCCAGCAGCUCCACGCCAGCGCCUGCGCGGCCGCCCAGGCCUGCCGGACCCGCCACCGCGGCCAGGAGCUGCGCAGCGAGAAGCAGCGGCGCCUCUGGCUGCAGAGGACAGAGGUGGACAUGCUGCUGGCCGACGGCGCCGGCGCCCGGCCCUAGCCGGCGGAAAGGCCGUGGGGAAGGGCCCCCCCCCCGGGCCCGGCUUUAGGGGAACUGCUGCUGGCGGCGCGGGAUUUCACGGCUCUCCGGGCAGCCUGAGGAUAAGGAGACCGAAGCUCUCGCCCCAGUGCUCCUUCCAAGCGGUCAGCGGUAGCGGGGCCUGCGCCGAGCCCCGCUGCCGGGCAGCACCAGGCAGCACGUGCCCCUCCUCGGGCAGCGGGCGAUGGGCUCCGGAGCACCAGGACUGCUCUCUCCCUGCUGUAACCGCCUCGGUGCAUCUCAGUAAAACGCGGCUGCCCACGG